AUGGCAACAGGUGAAGUCUCCUCCCUGAUUGGCUGCGUGUCCUGGGAUCACCCGUUGGCGUUUGCAUGCUCGGGUAAAAAAAAAGCAGCAGUGGAUCAUCAUAUAUGUGUCUGUGAGCACGGACAUCGUGGGCACAAGUUAACAAAUGUGUGGGGUGAACUGGUUUCCCAAGGGGACGCUACUGAGAAGCUGGCUCACCAAGUCGCGGCCCAGGUUACUGCUGCUGAUCGCAGGUUUGAAGAGGCCUCAGGUGACGCUGAUGAGGAGGAAAAGGAUGAAGCGCACGAAAGUAGCAAAGGCCACGUAAGCGAACCUGCAGUCGAAUGUCUCACUUCACCUGAGUUCACGUCACCUCAGAUGACCUUUGACAUGGAACACAAAGACGAACGGGAGCCGCGUGUGCGACCUUUGACCCGACAAAGUCAAAUCAGCCGACCACAGAAACAGAGAGAGAAGAAUGAAGCACAGAGACGUAGACCUGCGGUCCAGACCGAUAUGUAUCAUAGUAGACCUUCAGCCUGUGUCUCUGUGGAGACAGUUCACACACAAAGUGUUGGUCCAACAAACAAUUCAUGUGUUCAUCUGUUUCCAGAAGAAACCGGCUGCUCAUUAAACUCUGUCAUGUGACGACAUAUCGA